UUUGGGUGGGUGAGCGAGCGCGGUGCGUGCGGCCGCGGUGCGCGGUGGGAUACCGGCGGUAUAAAGUCUAUCCUCUGGGGCGCUGCGAGCUAAGGGGGCAGGCAGCGGCGGGGUAUGAAGAUGGCGGACGCCAAGCAGAAGCGGAACGAGCAGCUCAAGCGCUGGAUCGGCUCCGAGACUGACCGGGAGCCGCCUGUGGUCAAGCGCAAAAAGACCAAGGUGAAGUUCGACGACGGCGCCGUCUUCCUGGCCGCCUGCUCUAGCGGGGACACCGAGGAGGUGCUGCGGCUGCUGGAGCGGGGCGCCGAUAUCAACUACGCCAAUGUGGACGGGCUCACCGCACUCCACCAGGCUUGUAUAGAUGAUAACGUAGAUAUGGUGAAAUUUCUGGUGGAAAAUGGAGCAAAUAUUAAUCAACCAGAUAAUGAAGGCUGGAUACCUCUACAUGCAGCUGCUUCCUGUGGAUAUCUUGAUAUAGCAGAGUAUUUAAUUAGUCAAGGAGCACACGUAGGGGCUGUAAAUAGUGAAGGAGACACUCCAUUACACAUUGCUGAAGAGGAAGCAAUGGAAGAGCUGCUUCAGAAUGAAGUAAAUAGACAAGGGGUUGAUAUAGAGGCAGCUCGAAAAGAAGAAGAACGAAUAAUGCUAAGAGAUGCAAGACAGUGGCUCAACAGUGGUCAUAUAAAUGACAUCAGGCAUGCAAAAUCUGGUGGUACAGCACUUCAUGUAGCUGCUGCUAAGGGCUAUACAGAAGUCUUAAAGCUUUUAAUUCAGGCUCACUACGAUGUAAAUAUUAAAGAUUAUGAUGGCUGGACACCACUUCAUGCUGCUGCUCACUGGGGUAAAGAAGAAGCAUGUCGCAUUUUAGUGGAAAACCUCUGUGAUAUGGAGGCUGUCAACAAAGUGGGGCAGACAGCAUUUGAUGUGGCAGAUGAAGAUAUUCUAGGAUAUUUAGAAGAAUUACAAAAGAAGCAAAAUCUGCUUCACAGUGAAAAACGAGAAAAGAAGUCUCCCCUAAUUGAAUCCACAGCCAAUAUGGAUAAUAAUCAGACACAGAAGACGUUCAAAAAUAAGGAGACAUUGAUUAUGGAGCAAGAGAAGAUCACAUCUAGUACAGAGUCCCUGGAGCAAGAAAAAGCAGAUGAGGAGGAAGAGGGAAAGAAGGAUGAAUCCAGUUGUUCUAGUGAAGAGGAAGAGGAUGAUGACUCAGAGUCUGAAGCAGAGACAGAUAAGACCAAAGGCUUGGCAGCUGUAACUAAUAACUCAAACACCACAAGCACACAGUCGGCAUCAGUAGCGGUGACAGCGCCUUCAGUAGCUGUUGGGCAAGGAGCACCUCCAUCGCCUGUCAAGAAGUUCCCAACAUCUACAACCAAGGUUUCUCCCAAAGAAGAAGAGAGGAAAGAUGAAUCUCCUGCUACGUGGAGGUCAGGUCUUAGAAAAACUGGUAGCUAUGGAGCACUUGCAGAAAUUACUGCUUCCAAAGAAGCUCAGAAAGAAAAGGACUCUGCGGGGGUGAUCCGUUCUGCUUCAAGUCCUAGACUUUCUUCUUCGCUGGACAACAAAGAAAAGGAGAAGGAUGGAAAAGGAACUCGACUAGCAUAUGUUGCACCUACAAUACCGAGACGACUGGCCAGUACCUCUGACAUUGAUGAAAAAGAAAACAGGGACUUAUCUGCUAGCUCAAUACGUAGUGGCAGUUCCUACACCAGGAGAAAAUGGGAGGAUGAUGCCAAGAAAAACAGUUUGAAUGAGGGUCCUACAUCUUUAAACACAAGUUAUCAAAGAAGUGGCUCCUUUGGUAGAAGGCAAGAAGAUUUGAUUAGUUCUAAUGUUCCAAGUACUGCAUCAACAGUUACCUCUUCUGCUGGCCUUCAGAAAACACUGCCUGCCAGCACCAACACCACUACAAAGAGUACAACGGGUUCUACUUCAGCAGGUGUACAAAGCAGUACCUCAAAUCGUUUGUGGGCUGAGGAUAGUACUGAGAAAGAGAAGGACAGUGUUUCUACGGCAGUGACCGUUCCUGUUGCACCAUCUGUUGUAAAUGCUGCAGCCACUACCACAGCCAUGACUACAGCUACUUCUGGCACUGUGUCCUCAACAUCAGAGGUCAGGGAGAGACGGAGAUCAUACCUCACUCCAGUACGGGAUGAAGAGUCAGAGUCCCAAAGAAAAGCUAGAUCUAGGCAAGCAAGACAGUCUAGAAGAUCUACACAGGGGGUAACACUGACAGAUCUUCAAGAAGCUGAAAAAACUAUGGGAAGAAGUCGUCCCACACGAACCAGAGAACAGGAAAAUGAAGAGAAAGAAAAAGAAGAGAAAGAAAAGCAAGACAAAGAAAAACAAGAAGAAAAGAGAGAGUCUGAAACUAAAGAUGAUGAUUAUAGACAAAGAUAUUCCCGAACUGUCGAAGAGCCAUAUCAUCGCUACAGACCAACUUCAACUUCUUCAUCAUCCACCUCUUCGCUCUCCACUUCUACUAGUUCUCUUUCAACUUCAAGUCAACUGAACAGACCAAACAGCCUUAUAGGUAUAACAUCUGCCUAUUCUCGGAGUGGAACAAAGGAGAGUGAGAGAGAAGGGGGCAAAAAAGAGGAAGAAAAGGAAGAGGAUAAGUCACAGCCCAAGUCUAUAAGGGAAAGGCGGAGACCGAGAGAAAAGCGGCGAUCUACAGGAGUUUCUUUUUGGACUCAAGAUAGUGAUGAAAAUGAACAGGAACAUCAGUCUGAUUCAGAAGAAGGAACAAAUAAAAAGGAGACUCAGAGUGAUAGCCUUUCAAGAUACGACACAGGAUCCCUCAGCAUGUCUUCAGGUGACCGUUCUGAUUCAGGCCAGGGGCAGUCGCACUGCAGUAGACUAGAAAAAGAGGAUAGCACUGAUUUUAAGAAGCUUUAUGAACAGAUUCUAGCUGAAAAUGAAAAGCUGAAAGCACAGUUACACGAUACCAACAUGGAACUUACAGAUCUUAAGCUACAGUUGGAGAAGACCACUCAGAGACAAGAAAGAUUUGCUGACAGGUCGCUCUUGGAAAUGGAGAAAAGGGAAAAAAGAGCUCUAGAAAGAAGGAUAUCUGAAAUGGAAGAGGAACUGAAAAACCUGCAACAAAUAAAGCAGAUUCAUUCUUUGAGACACAUAAAUGAGCGACUGGUGACUGAGAAUAGGGCCUUGACCCGGGUGAUUGCCAAGCUGUCAGGGUCCUGUAGGCAACUGCGCUCUCUGGACUUGUAAAUUUCUGCCUCUCCUUUGUGUAGCCAGGCAGGUGUUGACAUUCAGUUUGUGCUUGGGGAGAAUUUUACUAUUAACACUGCUGUGUCAGAAACUGACUUGCUGCUGCUCGGCGAUGGGAGUGUGGCUAAAGCAUGCUGGCUGGUGUGCCAACUCCAGGUGGGGCAGGAGUGUUGCUAUGGUGUUCUGGUGUCCGUAUUAGCACAGAAGCUUCUCUUUGCUUACUUGAAGACAAAUUGGCAAUGAUCCAGGAGGCCUCUGACAUGUUCAAACCCUAGCAACAACUGAAAGGGUUUGAGUUUGCACUGGGAUACACUGGAAUCACUGCCUUGUUUGAGUAAAUGCUCAGAUGGAUUUGCCUCUCGUUUUCUAAGGAAUUGAAAUCAAGGAUUAAGCCUUCUUACUGCCUAACUGAAGUGCAAAGAAUGGAGACAGAUCUAGUCUCAACUAAUGAGUGCUUGAGAAAUGGUUUCAGUGCUGUGCCUUCUUGAACAGUUGUAUUAGGAAUUUCCUUACAUUUGUGUAUUGUAAUGUUCAGAAGGGAGCAAAGUCUUCUCUUUCAGAAACAUAUUGGUGUGUCAAGUUAAUGAAUAUUUUUACAGAUGAACUUACUGCGUGCUUCUGGCUAACUUUACUUCUAUCCAGACAGGUUUUAGCACUGAGUUAAGGUGGUUGAUUUCUGUUGCUAUCUAUAUGUUAGCAUUCUAGUCCUGGAGCAGAAUCCUUACGAUGCAUGGGCUGUACAAGCACAGACACACAAAAGAUGGCUCCUGUGUGAGAUUGGUUCAUACUUGCUGGGUCAUCUGGUUUAGUCCCGUUCUGUGAACGUACAAAGUGCCUUCAGUUCCAUCUUGGAAAAGAACUGGCAGCUGCUUGUCCUUAGUGCUGCUGCAGGGCUGUCAGGAACCCUCUGAAGGCUUCAAAACUUACAUGAGCAACAAGCUCUGUUUUCAUUCCACAGCCCAAUCUGUGAGCCUUUCUUUCUCCUCUUCUAUAACAGCUGUACAGGAUGGAGGUUUCAGUGAGCUCUCUAGAUGUGUAGGUGAAAAACAAACAGACUCACUAAACUGCUUCCCAUUGCCUACUCCCCUUUCCUACUCCCCUUUCCACUUGCAAGCAAGGUGAUAAGUGUCCGUUUUUUCAUGCUGCUCAGAGUCCAACCUCAGGUUUUCCCCAGUUAGAGGCAGGAAAGAGAGAGGAUUUAUCCUUUGGCUCAAUGUCUUCCUGGAGUUUGCUUAACAAUAGGACGUGGAUAAAGAGAUUGUUCCUGGUCCAGGCCCUGCAUUCCUCAGUGUUCCUUGUGUUAACCCUUGCUGACUGAGCCCAGUCAUCAUCCUGACCUGGCAGCAAACACAUGCCUUUGUUUGAUGCGUUACAGUGAUCCCUCUGGCCCCAGCGCUGCUGCGUGGCCCACGGCUAACACACAGAAGGCAGCAGGAGCACACUGCUCCGUGAAGAGGCAGAGCUGUCCCUCUGGGGCAGCCUCAGCUUACAGCAGCUUAGGCUGACAGUGUGGGUGUUCAGCACAGCUGAGCUCAUCUCACGGCUGCUACCCACAGCCACACCUCCAUGCUGUCUUUUUCUUUUGCUUUACCUGUGGUAAGCUAGUCCAGGGUGUUAAAGCACAGAGAACUACUCAGUUGGUUUUGUAGGGGCAGUUUUCAGUGGCACACCAUUGUGGAGCUUGAGGAGCCAAGCUAGCAAAAGAAAUGGAAACAGAGCGAGGAGAUUUGAUGUUAUCACAGAAACAUUCCAGUUGGAAAAGACCCUUGGGAUCACCAAGUCCAACCAAUACCCCUACUCAACAGAGUUCACCCUAAACCAUAUCACCAAGCACCACAUCCAAACACCCUUCAAACGUAUCCAGGGGCAGCAACUUAACCACCUCCCUGGGCAGCCCAUUCCAAUGCCUGACCACUUUUUCCAUGAAAAAUUAUUUCCUAAUGUCCAGUCUAAACCUACCCAGUGGCAGCUUGAGACCAUUCCCUCUUGUUCUGUCGCUGUUUACCUGUGAGAAGAGACCAGCAACCAACAGAGCUGAGCUCUGCAGUUCUGGAGAUAGCUUAACCAUAGUGUGCCUGAUGACUCCCAGCAGGACCUUAAUAGCUGGCGAGUUUUUGGUAGUCUUCCUUUGCAAAGGUGGUUUGUACAUCAAAACUGCAGUCCUCAGCAAACACAGCCAUUACCAUCACUUUACAGAUCUGUGGCUUCACUCCACCUGUGUCAGGUGAUUACUGACUAACCUGCUGAGUGACAGCAGUGCAGAGUUGCUGCUGGUCCUGUAACACAAAGUAGCAGAACAUUGCACCAGUAGUCUUGCUCAAGUAUCUCAUUGAAGGAAGAUCCUUUCCUCACUCUGUGAGAGGUAAAUUGGAAUGCAAAGCCUGAAGUACAGCACAGAACUGUGAUUUCACUGACUUCACUGCAAAGCUCUUUUUCUAACUCUGAACAUUAAAGGUGUGUGGUGUUACCUCAUGAGAAGUUUGAAUCAUAGAAUCAGCCAAGUUGGAAGAGACCUCCAAGCUCAUCCAGUCCAACCUAGCACCC